GGCUCCGACGCGUUCGGCGUCUCCGCUGCGGCUGGGGUUCUCUUCUUCGGCAAGGCGCAGGUCGGGCUCUCUCGCUUUCGCCGCUGCGCUUCCAACAUGUCGGAGCCCCACGGCCUCUCCGAUGAAGCAGCCUACAGCGCCUGCUCCGACCCGGAUCCCAGCACCAAGGACUUUCUGAUGCAGCAAACCAUGUUAAGAAUAAAAGAUCCUACUAAGUCACUGGAUUUUUACACAAGAAUUCUUGGAAUGACAUUGCUUCAGAAAUUUGACUUUCCUACAAUGAAGUUCUCGCUUUAUUUCCUGGCAUAUGAGGAUAAAAAUGACAUCCCAAAAGAUAAAACAGAGAAGACAGCUUGGACCUUCUCUAGGAAGGCUACACUUGAAUUGACACAUAAUUGGGGCACUGAAAAUGAUGAGAGUCAGGCUUACCAUAAUGGCAACUCAGACCCUCGAGGAUUUGGUCACAUUGGAAUUGCUGUCCCUGAUGUAAAUGCAGCUUGUAAGAGGUUUGAAGAGUUGGGAGUGAAAUUUGUGAAGAAACCAGAUGAUGGUAAAAUGAAAGGACUUGCAUUUGUACAGGAUCCCGAUGGCUACUGGAUUGAAAUUUUGAACCCUAACUACAUGGUGACCCUCACCUAGGCUUGGAGGAACAUACUGAACAAAAUUUGACCUGUGUUUUCAACUUCCCAGUGAACGCUUAUAACAGUGUACUGUAAUAAGAUUUAUGUUUCAUUGGGAAGAAUUAAUUGUGCCCACAGGUUUAUUCUUUUGCAAUCCUGUUAGAGACUUUUUCUGCUUGAGUUUCCUUUUCCUACUUGAUCUUGUUUUGUUUUUUUUUGUGAUGCCCAUGCAUUUUGCUUCUAACUGGGAAAGCACAAUUCCAGCUGUUCUGGAAGUGCCCAUACAUUCUUCCCUUCAAGGUUAAUUGAGGCAAGCUGUAUUCAUCAGCCAAAAUUUCAAGAAUAUUUAAAUCCAGCCUGAGACCUUUUAUUAUUGUAUUGGGAUAUUCAGCAAAGAAAUCACUGCUUUUUAAUAUUAUUUAAAUCCACCGCCAGGAGUAACAACUUGAUUGUUUAAUGUGAUAAAGGGGAGAAAAUAUCUGAAAUUAGUAGUUUGAGAAACUAGAAAUAGAAAUUUGAAGUCUUUGGGCCCUAUUUCACUUUUAUUGAAAUUACUAGAAAAUUCCAUUUGACUUCAGGAUGAGGAGGACUUGCACUUUCCUAUUUGUAAUUGUCAUGGUUAACGGUAGACUUUCAGGAGCAACUUGUAGAUAUGCAAGUUAUCUAAGCCUAGAAACUUAGCAGCAGUGCCAUUUUUAGUGCAGUAUGGAAAAUUCAUUUUGCAUACUUUUGAGUGCUGUGGCUGCUGACUGCAGAUAGAUAUAGAAGCUUCUAUGACCCUCAGCUCAAAAGGUCCCAGUUAUCUAUUCAUUAGCUGAGUAUUGCAAAGAGCACAUACCUCCUAAUCUGUUACUGGUUGGGAAGCUGGAGCUUUGUUUUUAAACAGCACACUUAAAAUUUAUCCAGGUACAGUUGGGCAUAGAGGGGUCUAACUAACUGAAACCCUAGUAGUGUCUAAACCACCUGCUGUUAUAAUCCACUCUUAAUCUGCCUCUUAAAAUGUAAAAAGUAAUAGUUGCAACUUCAUUGUAGUUGUAAAUAACAAAAAACAUUUCAGGUUUGCAAAUCUUACAGAAGAGGGUUUGGGUUUAAACAGUAAUUUUAGAGUAUAUAGGGCACAACAUAGGUUAUGAAAUACUUUAAACCAAACAAAUGAACAAGACUGCUUUGAUAGUUGGUGCAUUUCAGGAAACACUUUCUAGGUCCCACUGAUUGAACAACCCUGAGUAAUGUGACUGGUAAACUGGGUAGCAGUGUAGUAUCAAAAAAUAUUUCUAUCUAAAUAAAGCAUCUGUGAAAUCUUCGAAGUCUUUCUUUGCAGCUCUUUGACACAGCAUUUCACACACAGUGAAACUUACCAAACUGAAAAGUUUUCUUCUACUCAACAACAACAAAUAGUGGAAUAAUUUAAAGGUCUAGAAUCUCAGUUAAGAGGGCAGAGAAGUCUCUGCAAAUGAGAGGUUGUCGGCUACUUACAAAUUACAGUAACUCAAAAAUUACAUAGUCAUAACUAGAAACCUACUGAAAUUGAGGAGGCUGGUGGACAAUUUUGCAGGCAGAUCACGAGGCCGACUGCCAUUUUUGCCGAUUUAUCGUGGUGGGACCCCACUUCGCUUCUGGCCAAGUGGCCCAGUAGCCUCACUGUUGAUGUGGUUGAGAGGGCCACCUGCCCCUUGCCGCUGAUUGGCGGAGAGAGAUGGGGUUGCAUGAUAGGCAGCCCUCACAGCCAAUCACCAGCAAGGGGUGGGGGUAGCCACUAUCUUGGCUGCUCCCCAUCUUACUGGCAGCUCCCCCUGCAUGGCCAGUGUGCUGUGUGGCUGGACCUCAUCAGCCAUAAGGACUGCUGACCCCCAUUUUAUUUUUAGUAAGGUGUUUCUUGUUUGUUUGGGGUUGGGGUUUUUUUGCAGAUUUCGCUGACAAUGCCUGACUUUGUGAUUUCACCAAAAGUAUGAAUUGAGUAGGUCCUUAGUCAUAACACCUCUCAAUAGCAACUCCUGCUGUAAUACUUCUCAUGGGCCAUAUAAGUGAAAGUAGAUUUGGGGAGGCAAGUAAAGUUGCUUUGAUUUUGAUUUUUCUGUUCAGAUUCACAGAUGCAGAAAACCAGUCCAAGGAUCAGCAGGGGGAGAGGAAAGAAUUCACACCUGUAAUAAUAGUUACAAAAAUUAAUUAAAGUUAACGUUUUAAUCUUUUAUACUAGGAAACAAUAAAACAAGAUUAUUGGUAGCUAACAGUUAAACAAACCACCUAGAUGAACCCUGAUAGCUGCAAAAAGAGCAUUCAGAGGAAAUGAGAAUUUUCUGAAGAACCUUCAACCGGCAUAGUUUAGUUGUAUGCUUACUUUGACAGAAAACAAAAGCCCAAUGUUUUGGCAGGCCUUUAUGUUUGGCAGGACAGUUUUGUUGUCCCUUUCCAUUCUGAAUCCUUUAUUUUUAUGAUGCACAAUAUUUUUGCUAUUUUUCAGUAACAAAAGCUCCUGGAUCAAAAAACUUAAUAUUAUUUUAGGAAGUGACAUGAUUAUUACAGCUGGGGGAAUACAGAGAGAAGGUAUAACACAAGAAAAGGAGGGAUUGAGACUCCUCAGAGCUUCAAGUCUUUCUUUUUCUGUUUUGUGAACAGGAUUAUGGUGGUUUAAGUUGGAAAAAUACAGUUUAGGUUGGCCCUAAAUCCUAUUCCCAACAAAACUAUCAUAGUCUGAUCACUCCAGCUGGUUUUGCACACACUUGUGUCCCUGUAAUAGUGCUGCUAUACUGAGAGCACCGCCCAGUUCCUACUAAACUAGUCUGUCGAAAGUGACAAUGGGGGCUGGUUCUUUACAAAAAUCCUUUUUAAAUUAGCUGAAACGGGCAUUUUUUUUGUCCUGACAUUUCCAAGAUUUUAAUGCUUGCAUUGGUAUAUAAAGACCAAUAGUUGUGUCAGUGGUGUGUGGAAAUGUCUAGAGGGAACUAACUAACUCUCUGCUAAUAAAAGGAAAUCAGGGUUGUGAGUAAAACCUUCCAUCAAAACACAAAAUUGUUAAUGUCUCAACAUUAGAUGCUUCUGAGCAUAGUUCUCAUUGUAUGUGUACUGUUCUCAGGUAACGUUUCAUCAAAACUGGCAGCACUAAAGAUAAAAGCAGAGUUGCAUGACUGGAUAUGCUAUUGAGUAAUUGUAUAGGAGACCUAUAAUUAAAUAACUGAAUAAUAUAACAAAUGGGGUGAGAUGCUUCCAUGAGGCAUUGAAUGAGCAGGGGUAGUAGAUAAGCAAACUUGGUGGUUGUUCAUUUCACUUGUAGUCUCUGUCCUUUCUGUGCAAAUGUUUGACACAACGUUCUGUGGUCCGUACUUUUGAAUGACUGAUAUUCAUGUAAAUGGAAAUAUAACUAAAGGGAUGGUUGAGGAAAUGACUGCUGGCAGCAUCAGACUAUUAAAUAAUUUCUGCAGGGAGGCAGAGAGCCUGUCAUCUCCAUUUUAUGGAAAGAUACAAAGUCUUUAAUUUGGCCCAGAUCCUAGUGUUACUGUAGAGAAAGUGGGAGAUUGCUCAUUUGAAUUUUGAGGGGAAAGUUAUUAAAAUGGAAGUGAUGACAAACUACCAAAAGCCAAUAAAAGCUACACUCAUUGUGGUUUUGAGCUAAUUAUAAAAAUGUAUUAUUAAUUUAUAUAUAUUUUAGCAUUUAACACCUUGAGAACAGUUCAUAAAUUAAGCAGUUUAUUUGUGAUAAUAGUAAAAAAUAAAUACUUUCCACUCCUCUCUUUUUCUAGCCAGCAGUAUAGAUUUCUUAAAAACAGAAAAUAAAGUGAUUUACUACUAACAUUUUUUUUAUGAAAAAUUCAAUCCAUUGAUGCUUACUUUUACACCUAUUUUUCCCCUUUUCUGAGUAGAUAUUAAUCUUGCAUAAUUUUCUAGAAGAAUGCAUUGAAUUAAAUAUGUGAAGCAUGCCUUGCAUUCUAAAGCUUGUUUAACUUUAUACCAGCUAUGCAGUUAGUCCAAUAAAACAUAUCACCCACAAAAA